AUGGACGAGAAGAUCAUACAAGACCUGUGGAAGGCCGCCCAGGGCCCCUGGGAAUCCGGCGUCCUUCCGAGUACUGAGCAGCUUAGCCGAGCUAGGAAGUCCAUUCCCAAUACGCUACCUGCCACUGGUUCUCGCUUGGACUCCGUGCAGCGACAUAUACUGGAAGAAAUUGUGCCAGCAUUCAAUGGAGGAAGCAUCAGCCCAAACUACUAUGGGUUCAUCACGGGUGGAGUUACACCAGCUGCAUUGUUCGCUGACAAUGUGGUAUCAGCCUACGACCAGAAUGUCCAGGUACAUCUCCCAAAUCAUUCAAUUGUCACAGAUGUUGAGUUCAACGCUCUUGGGAUGCUUGCAGACCUCUUCCGACUGGAACGGUCCACAUGGCAGAAUGGAACAUUUACAACCGGAGCUACAGCCAGCAAUAUCCUGGGCUUGGCCUGUGGCCGUGAGUUUGUCCUUCAGAAAGCAGCUCAGCAGAAUGGGUCGCAGGUAACCAGUGUUGGAGAGAAUGGCUUAUUGGAAGUUUUGCAAGCUGCUGGACUCUCGGGCAUCCAAAUUCUUUCGACGAUGCCGCAUUCCUCUCUAGUCAAAGCUGCUGGCGUUUUGGGAAUCGGCCGAGCUAAUGUCCGCAAUGUGUGUUCUGCUGAUAAUGUCCUCCUUUUCGAUAUGGAUGUUCUGGAAAAGGAGCUUGCAAGGAAGGACAAAGCUACUAUCGUUGCGAUUUCUUGUGGAGAAGUUAAUACUGGUCGGUUUGCUACCUCUGGAGCGGAGCAAAUGAAAGAGAUCCGUCGACUCUGUGACAAAUAUGAUGCAUGGAUUCACGUUGAUGGCGCCUUCGGCAUCUUUUGUCGAGCCUUAGGAGACACUGCAGAGUUUGCAACAAUCAAGAAAGGCGCCGAAGGAAUAGAACUGGCAGAUUCGAUAACUGGCGAUGGCCAUAAGCUACUCAAUGUGCCCUACGACUGCGGCUUUUUCUUCUGUCGACACCACGACCUAGCUCCCCAGGUCUUCCAGAAUGCAAAUGCCGCAUACCUGUCGGCAGGACAUUCUGAGGGACCUUCUAUCCCUUCUCCUUUGAACAUUGGACUGGAAAAUUCUCGUCGGUUCAGAGCCUUGCCGGUGUACGCAUCUCUGCUAUCAUAUGGGAGAGAAGGAUAUUCUGAUAUGCUACAGCGUCAAAUUGGCCUCGCGAGGGCUGUCUACGAUUGGAUUUACGAUUCCCCAGCAUAUAUUGCUCUUCCAGAGGCGACUUCGAAGCCAGAACUUUUGGAACAGACUUUUAUGAGCGUGCUGUUCCGGGCCAAGGACGACAACCUGAACAGUGAACUCGCAAAGAGGAUUAACGAAACGUCGCGCAUGUUUGUCUCAGGAACUAGCUGGCAGGGCGCUCCGGCUUGUAGAAUCGCCAUUUCCAACUGGAGGGUCGAUGUCGAGCGGGAUACUGCGUUGGUAACUGAGGUUCUAAACCAGGUGGCACAACUAUAA